AUGGAGCAAAGCCUCUCUCUCAGCAUCCUGCUGCUGGUACUGGGCAUCUCUCAGGCCCAAAUGGACCACAGUGGACCAGCCAUGUGGAUAGACCACCUUGAGGCUGUAGACAUCACUGAGAGAAUUCUGACCGCUAAUAACGGCUCUGAUGAGAUGCUGAUGGAGGGAGACCUGGUGGUACCAAGAACCAGAAACGCCAUGCAGUGCAUGCAAGGAGGAAACAGCUGCCUGUGGAACAAAGCCUCUAGCGGAUACAUUGAAGUGCCCUACACAAUAGAAGACAGCAGAUUCACUCCCUCCGACAGGAAGGAGAUUGAGCACGCCGUCCAGUCGUUCCACAGCAAGACCUGCAUUCGCUUUGUGCCACGUGGCAACCAGAAAGACUACAUCAGCUUUGAGAGUUUGAGCGGCUGCUACUCUUCUCUCGGGAGAAUUGGAGGGAAACAAACGGUCUCUGUUAACAGCGUUGGCUGCAUCUUUCUCGGCAUCAUUCAGCACGAGACCCUCCACGCUCUGGGAUUCCAGCACGAGCAAACCAGGAGCGACCGUGACCAGUACAUCAAGAUCAACUGGAGUAACAUCGACUCUAACAUGGCCUAUAACUUCGAUAAACAAAACACCAACAACCUGAACACUCCCUAUGACUACAGCUCUGUCAUGCACUAUGGAAAAACAGCCUUCUCUAUCAACGGGAUGGACACCAUCACCCCCAUCCCCAACCCUGACGUGUCCAUCGGCCAGAGACAGGGGAUGUCCACCACGGACAUCCUGAGGAUCAACCGACUCUACAGCUGCUGA